UCUCUCUCUCCUCUCUCUCCUCUCUGUUCCUUAAUUUUUUUUCUCUCUCUGAUAGGGGUUUAGGGGUUUAAGUGUGUCUCCAAGAACUCUGGAUUUACGCUAACAGAUUCCGAUCCAUCGUAAUCGCUUUCCGGGCAAGCGUGAUAUCCUCUAAUAACAUCACCGAAUCACUCGAUUUUCAAGAAAUCAUAUAUUUUUCGUCAAUAGGAUUUGACCCACUUUAGGCUCUGGAAUCAGUAAAGAUCAAAGUUGAAACCUUUUGUCUGCUUUCUUGCUUUCCAUUAUUGCAGAACAAAGUUGAAUGCUUUUUUUUUGUCUAUUUGGGUCUAAAUCUCAUUGUCUCAGUCGAGUUUUGUUUUUUUGCGAUUGUAGCAGAAGAACAAAAGCCGAAGCCUUUUAUGGAUACCUCAGAAGACCCCAAAGUUGAUAUCUUGGAGUGUGGUGGGAAUGUGACUGAUGAGUCUCAAGAGGAAGAAGAAGAAGAAGAAGAAGGGUUGUGUCGUCAAUCCUCUUCCAGCUCCUCAUUUGGUGAUUCAUUCUGUGCUCGUGACGACGACGAUGAUGACAAUGAUUUUGAAGCCGAGUCAAUGUUAAACAAAGAUUAUCCAUUACCUGACACUUUUGGUGAUGGGGCUGAGCUGUUGGGUUUGAGGAAGAAGAAGAAGCUGACGGAUGAGUGGAGGAAGUUUUGUCAGCCUUUGAUGUGGAGGUGCAAGUGGUUAGAGCUCAAGGCUAAGGAGAUCGAGUGUCAAGCAAGAGGGUACGACAGGGAAGUUAGAAGUUACUAUCAGAGUAAACAGUUUGAUCUGGAGAAGUCAGGAGAAGGCUAUGAUGGUGAGAGUCAGAGGAUGAGUGUUUACAAGAGAGGAAGAAGGAGACGAGUUGAAGAGACAACAGAUGUUGCUGCUUAUAUCUCCAACCAUAACGUUUUCUCUUAUUCUGAAAAGCGGAAGCCAACAACGUUUAAAGCUCAGUGUCCUGUUCCUGGGCGGAAAGCUACAGUCAAGGAGGAGGAGGAAGAAGAGGUUGAGGAUGAUGAUUGUUUUGUUUCUGAGUCAGAUCGUUCUGAUGAUAUGCUAGGAGAGAUUCUGUGUAAGAUUGAUGAGGCGCAGGAUAAAGCAAAAAGAUUGAAGAAGCGUGUUGAUCAGCUCUUGUGCGAGUCUCAGGCUACUGCAACAAUAGCUCCAUCUCGGAGAGACUUUAGGGUGCAGAACGGUAAGCAACAUGCUCUUGUGGAGGAAGAAGAACCGUCUCUGCCUCAUAUUCAGAGAGAAGGGACGGUGCAAAUUGGAAGGCAGCGUAUCUCUGCUGAUCAUCAUACUGAAGAUUUGUCGAUGAUACCUCAAGCUCCUCCUCCUCCUUUUGAAAGCGAUGGGCAGUUUUUGUAUAACAUCUCUCCACUUCCGUAUGGGGGUUUAGGCUUUCCCACUAUCGAAGAUUUGCUGAUGGAUGGAUCAGAGAUGAAUGAUUAUGAAGCAGAACCGGAGCUUGAUGAUUGUUUCAGGAAGCUAAUGAAUGAGUUUGGAAAAGAUACUAUGUCAGAAGAAGCAGAUGAUGAUGAUGAAGAAGAAGAAGAAGAAGAAGAUCCUACACCGGCCACUAAGAGGCAUAAAACCUCUCACUGAAAACUAUUAUCUCUCUCUGUGUACAGAGCCUUUGUCCUCCUGCUUGAUCAGCAUAAAAGCUUCCUGAAAGUAGUAGUAAUAUUGGUAUAUUCUGUUCAUUCCCCCUCUCUCACACUCUAGUAACUCUUUUCAUUUGGCUUUUAAGAACUAUGAGACCACAAUAGGUUUCAGAGUUUGUGCAUAGUUAAAUGACUUCUUAUCACAGGAUAUUUUCUUUCUUC